AUGCUGCAGUCCGUGAGCUGUCACCGCAGUUUCACGAAUUCGGUCAUGACCAUUUUCACGCCGGAGACAGCCGAGAAAGGUGCGGGACACUGCAUGGCACAGGAUGACCCUGCGAGUGAGGUUCUCACCUACGCAGAACGCUCGGCACGGAUGCCAGCCACCUCCGGUGGCUCCAAAGUUGCAUUGAUGGUUUGCGGGGUGAGGUAUUUGCCUGGUGUGGAGGAGUACAAAAAGCUGGAGCUUGCUCACUGGGGCCAGGCCGUGUACCUGGACUAUGCUGGGGCGGCGCUGUAUAGCCGAGCGCAGAUUCAGUCGGCACAGGCGCUGUUGUUGGACAGCUGCCUGGCCAACCCCCACAGCUCGCCGGAGACAGCGCAGCGCAUGGAGCAGCAGAUGUUCAACGUCAGCAGGGAGACCCACUCAGUGGUGUUUACUUCGGGCGUCACUCAGGGUCUGCAGCUCUUGGGGGAGCAUCUCCCAUGGACCCAGAGCAGCGUCUUCCUGUACGCUGACGAGAGCCACACCAGUAUGGUUGGCCUUCGGCAGUAUGCCAAGGAAGGCAGCUGCACUUAUGGCACCUUCGCCCUUGAAGAGCUUUCCAAGUUUGAAGACGACCUCCUGGCCACUCGGCAUGAAGUUGGGAAGGCUGCUCGCUUGGAAGGCUCCGAAGACUCCGUGCCGGUUGUGAGCUCUUCUUGCAACCUCAUCGCCUUCCCAGGCGAGUCCAACUUCAGCGGAGCUCGCAGCGACUUGUCCUGUGUGCAGCGGCUGAGGGCGGGCGCGCUGAAGUGGCGAGUUUUGCUGGAUGCCGCCAAGUUGACCUGCUCUCCUGGCGCCUUAGAUCUGAGCAACUGCCCUGCGGACUUCACGGUUGUCUCCUUCUACAAGAUCUUCGGCUACCCGACUGGCCUUGGGGCACUGCUCGUGCGGCAUGAUGCAGCACCCUUGAUUAUGCCACAGGCAGACCUCACCGGAGGGCCAAGGAAGGGUGGCACCGGAGGGCCUGCCGGAGGGCCUGGAAGGCCACUCUACUUCGCCGGAGGUUGCGUCUCCUCCCUGUCGGCAAGCUCUGGCUUUGCCAUCCCUCGGCCUCAGUUGACGGAGUGGCUGGAGCGGGGCACGCCCCAUUUUUUAGGGAUCGCAGCGCUCCCUGCGCAGCUCAAAGCGGUCCGGGCGCUUGGCCCUGACCAUGCGCGAUGUCGGCAUGCACAGGCUGUGGGACGCGAGGCAUACCUUCGCACAGUGAGGCUGCACCAUAGCAAUGGGCUCAGGGUGUGCACAGUGUUCGGCCGGCACGAGGAGAAGAGCUGGUGCGAGGUCCAAGGCCCAACUCUGGCACUGAGCCUUCACUAUGCGGAUGGCUCGCCAAUCCCUUAUGGGAUUGUUGGUGAGCGGGCAGCAGCGAGGCAGAUCGUCUUGCGCACCGGUUGCCACUGUAAUGCAGGGGGUUGCCAGAAGUACUUGAACCUGGACGAUGCUGACAUCCGGCACUUCUUCGCAUCUGGCAAAGUGUGUGGAGACGACAAAGGUCUCGUAGAUGGCCGGCCUACAGGUGUGGUUCGCGUGUCCUUUGGAUUGUAUUCAACACUGUCUGAUGUCUCCAGCUGGAUGACACUUCUCUCUGAGUUCGUGGAUGUGAUGCCUGACUGCUCUGAAGACUCUGAAGGCUGCAAGCUGCCAGAGACAACCCCUGAAAUGGUCCUGCCUCUGCAGCCUCUGCACCCUCAAGCUCGGACCAUUGGAGACAUCAGGGCUCUGAAGGUUUACCCCGUCAAAGGAUGUGGGCCCCUGCGUGUUCGGCGUUGGCCCCUGGACGGCAGCGGCACCUUGUUCCUGGACCGGAGAUGGUGCCUGAUGUUGGAAAACCAGAUUACGGGCCGAGGGCGGGCAGUCAGCGCAAAGCAGGCACCCCGCCUAACCACCGUGAAGCUGUCUCUGAAGAGUGGGGAGCGGGGCCACUUGGUGCUAAUCCUGUCCACCAGGUACCAUGCCCAGACGUUGGAGCUUCCCUUGAGCGGGCGGGACUCGGACUUCCUACGCUUAGCAGGCGUCGAGCCGGUUGAGUCGCAUCCCGGCCAGUCCAGUGAGUCUAGUGAGUCCGGUGCCGUGGCCUUUGGUCAAGACUUCGAGACUGCGGCAGCCGCGGCAGCCAGCUGGUUUGAGCAGGUGCUCAACAUCCGGGGCCUGCGCUUGGCUGCGGCCUCGGCCGCCCCUUCGUGUGCGGGUGGCACAGGCGAAGCACCGGCGCCCACGGAUAAGACAGAUUUCGCGAAUGCACCGAACACUCUGCUCCUAGUGUCCACGGCAUCUCUCAGAGAGUUCGGCCGUGUUUGUGGCCUGGCAGUGCCCGCAGACCGCUUCCGUGCAAACCUGGAGGUGGACCUGGAGCAACCCUACGAGGAGGCAUGCUGGCCUGUCAGUCUCCCCCUCCAACUGGGAAACGCAGCUUUCGAGGCAGCCGGGCGUUGCGUACGGUGUCAGGCUGUUGACAUCGAUCCUGAAGAUGCCAGCUCCCAAGGGCCCUCGCUCUUGGCAGCACUGGCCACGGCACAGCCCGGGUCCGAGGCCAAAGGCCCGACCUUCGGCGUGCUCUUGCGGCAAAGGGACCCAGGCACAAGCACGAGCAUGUCCGCACUCUCCGUGCUGGAGGUCGGAAUGCCCCUACGCAGAUUGGCGUAG